CAUUUAACAACGUGGCAAGUGUGCAGAGGUAUAAAAUGAGAGGGAAGACUCGGUUGAAAUCAGUCGAGUGUUCAUCUCUCACUCGUGCUGCAACGCUUAUUUCCAUCUCGAGUAUCUUUAUCGGGAUCAACGUUUGUAUUACACAGUCGACAAGAUAAUUCAGGAGCCAUGCUGCUGUUGGCUGUUUUGAUGAUGGUUGCUGGACCGAUUUCGGCAGGUCCGGUGAUCCCUGCGAUGUACGGUGGGGCUUCUUACCAGACAACUACGGCCAAGGGGUACUACACUACCAAAGCCCCUGAAUAUUACACCACGGCCUCAUACUACACCACCAAGGCUCCUGAGUACUACACCACAGCGUCCUAUUACACUACAAAGGGUCCGGAAUACUACACCACGGCUUCGUACUACACCACCAAGGCCGCUGAAUAUUAUGGUUCUACGAAGAAGGAAGAAUACUACCCUACCAAGGGUUCGGAAUACUAUACCACGGCCUCCUACUACACCACGAAGACCGCUGAAUAUUAUGGUACCACCAAAGCCCCUGAAUACUACACCACGGCUUCUUACUACACCACCAAAGCCCCUGAAUAUUACACAACGGCUUCUUACUACACCACCAAGGCUCCUGAAUACUACACCACAUCUUCCUAUUACACUACAAAGGGUUCGGAAUACUACACCACGGCUUCGUACUACACCACCAAGGCCGCUGAAUAUUAUGGUCCUACGAAGAAGGAAGAAUACUACACCACCAAGGCUCCUGAAUACUACACCACGGCUUCUUACUACACCACCAAAGCCCCGGAAUAUUAUACUACAGCUUCCUACUACACUACCAAGGCUCCAGAAUACUACACAACGGCUUCCUACUACACCACCAAAGCUCCUGAAUAUUACACCACGGCUUCCUACUACACCACAAAGGCUCCGGAAUACUACGGAACUAAGGCACCGGAGUAUUAUACCACAAAGAAGGAAGAAUACUACACUACACCGGCGUCUUACUACACCACUACUUAUGCUGCACCUUCCUACUACACCACUAAGGCUGCAGAGUACUACAAUGCACCGGUCACGUACUACACAACAACAUCCGCAGCUCCUUAUUACACUGAGGCUCCCAAGUCCUACACCACGAAGGCGCCUGAAUACUAUUCAGCUCCAAUCUACACAACUACAGCUGCCUACUACACCACAGAAACCACUAAAUAUAACGUUGCCCCCACCUACUACACAGCUGUUCCUUCUUACUACGCUGAAACUUACUACACCGAAGCUCCGAGUUCUUAUUCAGCCUUGGGUCAUUAUGAGGCUGAAGUACCAGCCUACUACACUUCCUACCCCGAGCAUGUUUACUAUGCUGCAACUCCAGAACAUCACGACACUCCUAGCUACUACACCACUCCAUACUCAGUUCCCAUCUACUACACUGAAGCUUCUGAAUACACCACCAAGGCCGCCGGGUACUACACUGAAGCUCCCAAAUAUUCAGCCACAAGCUACUCCACAGCUUCAACUUACUACACCACCGAAGCGGCCAAGUAUUACGUUGCCCCAACUUACUACACCCCGCCUGCUCAGUCUUAUGCUGAGCCAACUUACUACACCGAGGCUCCGAAAUACACUCCAAGCUACAGUGAAGUGCCAGCACACUACCCCAACUACCCCCAGGAAACCUACACCACAGCUCCAAUGUAUUCGAAUUUCCAGGGACUUUACGCCGGUGCUGUUCCUUCUCACUUUGGUGAUUCGCGCUACUACUCUUCGUAUGCCAUGCCGAAAUACUUUGCUGAAGCUCCUGGUUACUACUCCCCUUCAACCUACUACGAUGCUGGAUAUCCUGCUCACUACUCCACGGCGUUUGGACACCGAGAUCGUUAUAACAAGCACAUGAACAUCAGGGCUCGUGGAUUUUAUUCAUCUCCUGAGCGCUACGCAACUGCAGCUCCUUCGUACUACACCGAGGCCCCGACGUACUACACCACCAAGGCAGUUGAGUACUACACCGAAGCCCCGAAAUACACCACUAAAGCCGCGGAGUACUACACCACUACCAAGGCAGCUGAAUACUACACCGAGGGUCCGAAAUACUACACCACUAAGGCGACAGAAUACUACACCACCAAGGCAGCCGAGUACAAAACAGAAGCUCCAAAAUAUUCGCAAACUCGUUAUUAAUGUGCAUUAUAUAAUCAAGCAUUUAAUUUCUAAAUUCAAGUUCGAUUGGUUUGUCAGAGUCGUUAAAGUUGUUCCUAAAUGUUUGUCAUCAUUUAAGAGAUGUCAUUCCCGAAUGAGAUGAGCAUUAAAUAUAUUUCUGCCUGUUAACCCAA